AUGGACACUGGCGUGUUACCAGAUCAUCCUUUGUUUCGGGAUGAAGGAAUGCCUCCUCCACCAGAUAGAUGGAAAGGCAGGUGUGACUUCAACCAGACAGCUAAUCGCACAUUCGUCUGCAACAACAAGAUCAUUGGUGCAAGAAGUUUCCAAGUCUAUGACAACCUUUUACAGACUUCUAGUGCUCAACCAGUUGAUGAGAUAGGCCAUGGCACUCAUACUGCUAGCACGGCUGCUGGGAAUUUUGUGAGAGGUGCCAAUCUAUAUAACAAUGCCAAUGGCAUGGCUUCUGGCGUAGCGCCUCAUGCUCACGUGGCAAUUUACCAGGUCUGCUCUCUUGAUGAAUGUUCGAGUACUGAUGUCCUUGCAGGAUUUGAUGCUGCAGUCGAGGAUGGUGUCGAUGUGAUUUCCAUCUCCAUGACCUCUCUAAAUGUCGGUCAACUGUUUGAAGACAGUAAUGCAUUGGCUGCUUUCAGUGCAAUGCAAAGAAGAAUUUUUGUGGUUUGUUCGGCUGGGAAUUCUGGCCCAUCCUCCAAUAGUGUAUAA